UCCUACUUAUCAUGGUGUGUCACCUCUAACCUAAUAAUUUAACUCUUAGCAUUUAGCUGUGAAUAUUAUUUAAGGGGAAUGUUUAAGCUUUAAUAAGUUUAAAAAAAAAAUCAUAUGGCACAAGUGUAAUGUUCAUGGUCGUGUGUGUGUGUGUAAUUCACUUUGCGCCCGUUAGAGGGAUGUCUAAAACCAUCUCCAUGGCAAUUUUAAAACUAGUGGUAAACACAAACAAUACCUGCAGUGCAAAGACGACAAGCUCACAGCUGCAAGUUUAAAGUCUCUAACAACAUGGAAAGAAUAUAUCUCGAUCGGUCAUCUUUAAAAGCGGUGGAUGACUACUGGGAGUACAGAAGGAUUGUGGGUGAUGAUGACGGAGAAAAGCUCCUCACUCCAGAGCAAUAUGAAGAGUACCAGAGGAAAAUGCUGCCUCAGCGGCUGAAAAACCGGUUGUACGUGAGCUAUGGAGUGCCGGAGGGUAUUGACUGUAAGCACAUUGGGCCGGAGACACAGUGCUUCUGUACACAUAGGUACAAGCAGCAUAAGACCGACUGGGAAGUGGUUCCCUCUGAGCGACCCAUUGCCCUACCCUGCCGAGUCAAGGGAUGCUGUUGUCCUGCCUACGAGUAUGUUCCUCGGCUUGGACCCAACCCUGUGCGCUGCAGGUGUAAACACUUACCUGCGGAUCACAGUGAAGCCGCUGGCCACCUGUGCAAAAUGUGCAGUUCCUGUUCUGGGUUCCGGAGUCCCUACACCUGUGGGUGUGGCCAGCCCAGCUCUGCCCACCGGACCCUGGUUGAGACAAAAAUAGAGAGAGAGGUGCGGGGUCAGCCUGUGGGCAGAGACGUCCCUUAUGCUGCCAUGGGUGGGCUGACAGGGUUCAGCUCCUUGCUUGAUGGUUACCUAGCUUUGGAAGUCUGUGGCUCAGAUCAAGACAGAAGUGAAAGCUGCCAGCAGAGCUGCUCAGCAUUAAGGUCCAACCAAACAUCAGCUGAAGCAUCGAGCUUUGUUCCCUGGAAGAGAGAGACCAGCAAAAAAUAAAAUGCAACAUUCUCCUCAGAGUAUAUCUGUCAGUGUGUACAUAUAAGAUAACAAAUAUCAAAUAAUUAAUACAGACAGCUCCAUAUGUAUUUGGACAAUGUUCAAAUUUUUAAAAUUUCA